UCCAUUUUACCACUGAUAAGAAUGAUUUGCGCCUUUCCCAGAGCUACCUCGAUUGGUAGCUGGUAAUUGAAUAUGAGCUAGCAUGAGCUAACAUACUCUUCUGGAUUUUGCUUUCUCGUAAUAAACAAACCAAUAAAUACAUAUAUAAAAAAGUCUACUAGCUUUUCCAUCCGCCGUCGUUUUCCGGCCCAAUGGAGAACAAUUAUCUCAGCUCCGACGUUCUUGGAGCUGAUUUGGUGGGCCCCACCUCGAAUCACGGCAGGGGAGGGAGCGUCCCCUGCGAUUACUGCACAGAGCGGGCGGCCGUACUCCAGUGCCGGGCUGACGCCGCCAAGCUCUGCCUUUUAUGCGACCAGCACGUCCACUCCGCCAACGCGCUGUCGCGUAAGCACGUCCGCUCUCAGAUCUGCGACGGCUGCGGCUCCGAGCCCGUCUCCGUCCGCUGCUCCACCGAGAGCCUCGUCCUCUGCCAGGAGUGCGAUUGGCACGCCCACGGCAGCUGCGCCGUCUCCGCCGCGCACGAUCGGGACUCCGUCGAAGGUUUCACCGGUUGCCCACUCGCCGUGGAGCUCGCGGGCAUUUGGGGUUUGGACAUCGAUGAGAAAAAGCCUCACCAGAUUCCGGGUCCGAACCCGGAUUGGAGCGGGUUAUCAUUAGACCCCUGGAUGUCCAAAGAUUCUUCUGCUUCAUUUCUGUUGCACGAAUUAGCCGUCCCUAACAUGAAUAAUCCGGUAGUGUAUCCCAACUCCGGCGGAAGCUGCCAGCAUAGCAAGAGGCAGAGUCCGAGGUGCGGGAAGAAUAAAAUGGUGAUACUUAAACAGCUGGUGGAGUUGUUUAAGAGGGACAGGGUUGACAGUACUGGCAGUGGAGGGGGAGGGGAUAUAGUGCCGAAGACGCCAAACGGAGAUAGUGGUUGGGAUGGGGAUGAGAAUGUGGCUGAGGGAGGAGGAGAUGAAGGUAUGCUGGUUCUAAAUCAGCAGUUUGAAUCCAAUCAAAAUGUGCCCUUUACUUCAUUGCUUAUGAUGCAAGCUCCAAUCAAUCAGAAAGAGAGUGAUGGAGGAAGUAGCAUGUUUUGGAGCACCCCUUCUAGGGAUCGUACUCCUCAGAUAUGGGAUUUCAACCUGGGGCAGUUGAGGGAACAGAAAGAAUCUAGCCCCUCAGAAGCAGGCUAUGGUGCAAACGACACGGGGUAUAUGAUGAGAAGCUACAGUGAACUCCUAAAAGAAGCAUCCUUAGAAGAUUCAAAGGCAUUGGAGCUCUCGCGAUUGAGCUUCUCUGUCACUCAUGAUGACAUAACAACAUUUGGUGGGACGGCUACAUCGGAGAGCAACAUUUUACAAGCUUCAGAUUAUGAUAAAACAAAAUGCCUCGUAAAGGAGGACAUUCAGUUUAUGGACCAGAUGGCUCUUGUUGAAAGUGAAAUUGCAAUGCCCUUGAUGACAAGGGAGGAAUUGGAACAAAUCGCCAAAAACAGAGGAAAUGCUAUGCAACGGUACAAGGAAAAAAAGAAAACAAGGAGAUAUGACAAGCACAUCCGCUAUGAAUCAAGAAAAGCAAGAGCUGAUACCAGGAAACGGGUCAAGGGCCGAUUUGUGAAGGCUAAUACUGAAGUUCCAGAUGGUUGAAUCUUGUGUUAUGGUCUUGAUUAUGACUUCUCUUAAGUCUAAUCUUUUUUGCAUUAUUGGCCGGGCAUGCAUGUAAAUAUUUUGCUUUUAGUUGUAAUCAUUUUGUAGGCCAGGCUGUAGCUGCCUUGCUCCCCUUCCUUGCAUAAUAUUUAGAUCACUUUGCUGGUUCUAAUAAAUCAUGUUAUUAUUCUUUGUA